CCUCUCGGUGCGGUGCGUGAGUGGCCUAAUUGGGAAGGGGCACCGAAGGGGCACGAGACCCCCCUUUCACCCACCACCUGCCUCUUGGAUAGUCACUUUCACAGAACGACGUCCACCCUAUGCUGCCACCCCCACCGGGCCACUCAAAUUAAAGUUCACCCGGAUCCCCGAAGACACGUCUGGAAGGCCUCUGUGCCACACACCUUGCCUUAGGAGCCAGCUGAUUAUGGACUGAAACCUCUAUGAACUAUAAGGGUCUCAGCUCAGGCUGCCAUUGAACUCACCGCGAUUCUCCUGGCUCAGCCUCUGGAGUACUGGGACUAUAUGCAUGGGCCACCAUGCCUGCCUUCAUAAUGUUACAGGUAAAUGGAUCAAUUGUGAAACAGCAAGCUAGCAUUUGGUGCUGAAUAUUGGGAAAUUUUGAGACAUUCAACUUCUGAAGUAGAUUGGAAUAGAUAGGAAUUUUUACUAAGUCGGAAGCAAAGUAUUCAGGAUUACAUUAUGCAAAGGCUGAAGAUGAAACCCACUGAGGAUAUAAAACCUGGGUCUUUAGCACCUUGUAUGCCAGCCUGGAAGUGUCCCUGGGAAAGCCCCUGUAUCUCUGUGGACCCCUUAAAAGCUACACGUGGGGUUUGAUUUGGAGAUUCCCGAUAAGAAAGGUUAAAGGCUGAUGGGAAUAUAAAGGCAGAGAUGAUGCUAGGUAGCUGAUAGAUGCUAUAGUUCAAUUUGAUUCAUCUGAUACUGGAGGGACAAGAAGCCAGUCGUGCUAUGUACUUCACCAGUUAUUUACAGUUUGCCAUGAUGAAAUGCAUGGGAUCAAACUCGGGACCUUACCUUGAGAGGAAGGCGGCAGAACCACUGAACUAAAUCCCCAGCCCACGUGUUUUUAAAUCAAGGCAAGGUCUCAUAAACACCUGGAGAACUCAUUAUCAUGUCUUUGUGUGAAGACAUGCUGCUUUGUAAUUAUCGAAAGUGUCGGGUCAAACUCUCUGGUUAUGCAUGGGUCACUGCCUGCUCUCACAUCUUCUGUGAUCAGCAUGGCAGUGGUGAGUUUAGUCGUUCACCUGCUGUCUGCCCUGCUUGCAACAGCACCCUUUCUGGUAAACUAGAUAUUGUCCGCACAGAACUCAGUCCAUCAGAGGAAUAUAAAGCUAUGGUAUUGGCAGGGCUUCGGCCAGAGAUUGUGUUGGACAUUAGCUCCCGAGCUUUGGCCUUCUGGACCUACCAGGUACAUCAGGAACGUCUCUAUCAAGAAUACAAUUUCAGCAAGGCCGAGGGCCAUCUGAAACAGAUGGAGAAAAUAUAUACUCAGCAAAUACAGAGCAAGGAUGUGGAAUUGACCUCUAUGAAGGGUGAGGUCACUUCCAUGAAAAAGGUGCUAGAAGAAUACAAGAAAAAGUUCAGUGAUAUAUCUGAGAAACUUAUGGAACGCAAUCGCCAGUAUCAAAAGCUCCAAGGCCUUUAUGAUAGUCUUAGGCUGAGAAAUAUCACCAUUGCUAACCAAGAAAGCAAGCUUGAACCGUCUGUGAUUACACAGGCUGGUGUUUUUGGUUUCACGUUAGGGAACAAUUCCAAGUUUCCUUUGGACAGUACACCAGUUGGAAAUCGGGGUGGUGGAGAUGAAGAUUUUCAGUUCAGACCACUUUUUGUGGGUUCUCCCACAGCACCUGAGCCCAGCAACAGCUUUUUUAGUUUUGCCUCUCAAAGUCAUGAAUUAGAGCAGCAGCAAGUAUCUAGCAGAGCCUUCAAAGUAAAAAGAAUUUAACACUUUAGAGAAUGUGUUUGCCUUUAGCUGUUUCAGUUAUAUAAUCUUUAUGCUCCAUAGAAGUCAUCAUUGUCUCUGAGGUAUUAAGUCUUUGAAUUUAUCUUCAUAUCUUCAAGUUACAAGAAAUUCAGUGGCAGUUGGGGGUGGGGGUUCCCUUAGUGGCUAAGUUCUUUGUUUGUAUUAUUUAAAGCAUGAACAUUUUAUUAAUUUCAAUUUUUAUGUGUGCUGUUGAAUUCUCACCACUGAUGAAAAGGUCCCAACAUUAUUUCAUAGAUCACUGUUUCUGCCUGGCACCUUCUGAUUGAGCUUAGCAUCCAUGCAUCUGUCUGUAACCACCUGUUAUAUGGGCACAUGUCACUUUGGGUUCUGGUAUUUAUGCAUAUAUAUGUAUGGAAGUGUGUUCAUUGGUAUUUUGCUGUAUUUGUCCAUGUAUUUGUGUGAAAAUUUUAGUCUUAGACAAUGGUGAAUGAUCUGCCUUGUUAUUUGUGUGUAUUUAUUUGUAUUUGCAUUUAUAUUAAAAUAAUUUGA